AUGACACCCAAUGAUCACAACAGACAAGACCGGAAGCGCAAAAGGACACAUCGGAUACCUCGGCCAGCCUCGAACUCUUCCAACUCAGUGCCGCCUUCGUCUGCGUCCUCAAGCUACAUACCACUGCAGAGCCAAACACUAGAAUUGUGCCUUACAAAUAAGUCGUUGAAGAGGGAAGUAGUAAAGAGUUCAGUAGACGAUACAAAAUUGAUACAUUUUUUGUCCAAACUAAAUCCUCGUGAAGUGAUAUCUGUGAAUGAAAACCAGUCACAUGUCACUUUGAUCAUUAGCAGUUUUGAAACUAACUUGCUACAAAUACCAGCGAUCAAACAUACCUUGGUCGAAAAGUUCCAAAUCGAUGACGUACUCGCUACGGAGGGCCCACCAGGAUCAAUAGAUGUUUUGGUUACAGUGUACGGCAAAAUGGUUGAUGUUGCCAAAGCAGUAAACUACCUCAUCUUCCUACUCAAUGCAAACAUCAACAACUUGCAAAAAGAUGUCUUUACAUUGAAAUCAUCCACUUAUAAAGCCCAUUUGUUAUUGCGAAAUUGCGAGGAUCAACAGAAUGUAAAAUACAUUGACACUGCUCAACUGUUCACCUACGACUACAACAGGAAUAUUCAUGAUGUUUUUGUUCAGGGUGAUUUGACGUCACUCUUCAACUUUGUUCUCCAUUGUCUUGAGAAAAAGUGGAAUAUAGACCCCAGUGCCGUACAAUUGAAACCGAUGUUUGGUAUACAUUUGGAUCCAGCAUUAAAAGUGAAACCAAAAAUCAAUGAAGACAUCAAACUGAAGGCUCAAAGCAACUUACUACUGUAUUUAUAUUCAAAGCAGGUUUCCGAGGCUAUAUAUAAUCAAACGUGA